CACAGUUAAGCACGCGUUCUUAGUUCAUCGUGCACGGGUUUUGUUGUGUUAUUAUUGUAUUAUUUAUUCUGUAAAAAUAUCAUAAUCGCGUUAAACUAAAGUGUACCCUCUGAUCAUCCAAGACGUCGCCGGCAAGAUACGACAGCCACGGUACAGGUAGGAUGCGCACUAAUAAACGCAACCGCCACGGCCAGCCAGAUGGGCUAGGGUCUACCCGAUAGAGGAAGGAUAACAAAAUAUCAAAGAAUCAGCUGACCUGAAAUUCUUUCUCGAAAACGUUGCUAGCUCCUAUACUAUAAGCAAAAGAAGUAUUGUAAUCGAGGGUUUGUGACUUUUUAUAAUUUUCUCUUUAUAAAUUUUUGUAAUUUUCAAUUCAGGGGGUCGAUUCUCGAGCUCGUUCGCAAAGAUGCGAGUACGAAGAGAUGCGCAUGCCAAGAUGCUAUUCGAAACGAAAAUCCGUCUUCUUGAACGAGAUUCUGUUCGAGUGCGGAUAUGGCAACAGCGGCAAAAUACAGAGGAAAUGCAAUGGUUGGCAGAACUCACGCGGUGUCGGUUUGAAUCCAAGAACGACUGUUUUAAUCUGUUGCCUCCAAAUUCAAAACCGUUCGGAAGUUGGCCACUUGCGUAUGCGGAACUUAUUCGAACGAGUUCGAGAAUCCACCCCCAGUUCUUUAAGGUUGUUAGCCGACGACUAAUGAUGUUUUGUAUUAUGAUUAUAGGAUUUGACGAUGUGGAAAUAGAUUUUUUUUUUGGGGCCUGCUCAGAAGAUGAAGACGGGGUGCCCCAGGGCACCUUUUCUCCUGAGCGGAUACAGGACCUAUAUCGCGAGGCGCGGCGGCUCCACUUUUCGUCACCUCGUAAGGAUUUUCUUUUUAUACGAGGAGGAGCGGCUGCGGCUCCUGCGAGAUUAGGGUGUGACGAGAUCGAGAUCGAGCUCUCCUUCGGGGUCUCCUCAGAAGAAGAGUAUGUAGAGGCCGAAGGCACUUUCUCCCUUGAAUGAGCUCUACCGUGAGACGCGGCGGCUCCAUUUUUCACGAGGGCAUCGCGAUCGCGGCGGUCGCAGGCGAUCUGCGGCACUUCGAUCCGACGAUGUGGAAAUCGAUUUCUUUUUUGGGGCCUCCUCAAAAGAUGAAGAUGGGGUGCCCCAGGGCACCUUUUCUCCUGAGCGGAUACAGGACCUAUAUCGCGAGGCGCGGCGGCUCCACUUUUCGUCACCUCGUAAGGAUUUUCUUUUUAUACGAGGAGGAGCGGCUGCGGCUCCUGCGAGAUUAGGGGUGUGACGAGAUCGAGAUCGAGAUCGAGCUCUCCUUCGGGGUCUCCUCAGAAGAAGAGUAUGUAGAGGCCGAAGGCACCUUCUCCCUUGAAUGAGCUCUACCGUGAGACGCUGCGGCUCCAUUUUUCACGAGGGCAUCGCGUUCGCGGCGGUCGCAGGCGAUCUGCGGCACUUCAGGCGUCCCGGCCAUCGACCUCCUCGGGUGACGGGCAGCAAAAGAAACAAAAUAAACCAUAAACGUUAGCUUUACUUAGUUGUGUGUUUUUUUUUUUUUUUUUCUUGGAGAAUAAACUUUUUUUUUGAGUA